CGGCAGCAAAACAGAGGAAACAUGUCUCUCACAGCAGUACUCAUCUCUUUCUUGUUUUGUUUACUCUGUUUUUACACACCAACCACCACCGCUCAUAUCUGCCAGAUUUCAUGCUCCGGUAAGCGCGACGCCCAGGCGUUUUGCUGCCCGUUCGGUCAAGACGAAACCUCAAACAAUAGCUGCAGCUAUCCAAGGCUUUCCAUGUCAUGCAACGAUCAAAACAGAACAAUCCUCACACUCCCAAAUUCUGACCAACUGCCUGUCCUAGCCAUCCACUACAAAACCAGGAGAAUUAAUCUCACCCGCCCAAAUUCAUGCAUUCGUGGACGCUGCCACAAGGGAUCUUCAGAUCCUACCUGCUCUCCUCUUAGUGCAGUAAAAGAUAACGAUGAUUCAAGGGAUCCUACCUGCAGCUUUGUCCUGGUCUUGGAAUGGUCGAAGGCGAACUGCAGUCUGUGUGAACAGCUCGGUGGGACUUGUCGUGGGUUCAAGAGUAAUCAGUGUCCGGAAAUCGAGUGCUCAGAUGUUAGUGCAGUAAAAGAUAACGAUGAUUCAAGGGAUCCUACCCGCAGCUUUGUCUUGGUCUUGGAAUGGUCGAAGGCGAACUGCAGUCGGUGUGAACAGCUCGGUGGGACUUGCCGUGAGUCCAAGAGUAAUCAGCGUCCGGAAAUCGAGGGCUCAGAUGUUCCAUCCGAAGGACAUCCGAUUCCCAGAAGUGCAAGAUACGGAAUAAUCAUAGGCAUCGGAAUACCGAUAAUUUUGUGUUUUGUUGGACUUACCUGUUACAUCUGCAGUAGAGUCUACGCUUAUACUCACCGGCGCCGCCACCCCACCACCGAAUUCUUAACAUCAAUAGCCUUGCAGCCAGCUGUGGGAAGGGCAGGACUUGAUGGACCGACAAUUGAAUCGUACCCCAAAACACUGCUAGGUGAAAGUCGGAGGUUACCCAAUCCUAGUGACAACACCUGCUCCAUAUGUUUGUCGGAGUACCAGCCCAAGGAGGCGUUGAGGACCAUACCGGAGUGCAAACAUUAUUUUCAUGCUGAUUGCAUAGAUAAGUGGCUAAGGAUGAAUACGACUUGCCCACUGUGCCGGAAUUCACCUGGACGAUCGAUGUCAGUCACCUCCUCCACAUCAUUGUCUUCCUCUUCUUCUUCCAUAUCGUUGGUAAUCUGGGCUGUCUAGCUAGGGUUCAAACAUAUAUUUUUUUUUCUUUUUGAUGUCCUGUAUGUAUAUAAAUUUAGCCCAUAAUU